AAGUGUGACUGCUGACGGUGGGUGCCUAUAAAACACCGCCCAACCGUCAAGGUAUUGCACUUGUACCGAGUCGUCCUCAGACAACAUGGCUUCCAAGUUGGUGAUCGUCGUCGCAUUGGCUGUGGUAGCGCAGGUGUCUGCGUCUCCCUUGUUUUUUGACAUCGGAGAAAUCAUCAGUGAUAUCAAAGAGGGAGCGGAAGCAGUUGCAAACGGAAUCCAGCAAGGUAUUGAGAACGCCGUGAAUGGGAACAGCAACAGCGCUUCGACCAAUGCGACUACCUCUGACAACUCUACCGCUUCUUCUUCGGGUAAUGCGACCACCGCGAACAACGCAACUAGCUCCGAAAGUUCCUCUUCAGGCAUUGAAAGCAUGAUUGAUGCGAUCACGAAUGCAAUGAACAACGCCGCAAGCACUGCGAAGAACGUUGCAGACAACAUCUUCAACAGCGCAGAGGCAUUUAACGACGCCAUGGCUGCCAAAGUAAAAGAUGCUUUGAACUCCACGUCUACACAGCUGAACAAAAUUGAGUCGCUGGUGGAGAGCGCGUUCUCCGACGCGGCGUCCGACCUGGCCGACAAGGCGUCCAGCGCGGUGUCCGCCAUGGAGACGGCGGUGGCCGCCGUGGGCAACGCGACGCAGGACAACAUCGCGAGUGCCGAGCAGGCGAUGCAGCAGGCCGCCGCCGCCGUGCAGGCCCUCAACGAAGCCGCCGCCGACGCCUCCUCCGCCAAGGCGCAGAUGGUCGUCUCCUCCAUUGAGGAGGCCCUGAGCUCCACCCAGGCGCUGUUCGACAGCGUCAAGUCCAAGCUGAGCAGCGACACCUCGUCCAGCACUUCCAGCGACUCCAGCACUUCCAGCGUCUCCAGCAGCAACAGCACCGCCAGCUCGUGAGGAGCAGGAGAGGAGGCCUGCGGCAGGCGACAACCGCCAGGAAACUCUGUACAAUCUCUGACGAAAUAAACGUGUGAAGCAAAACAUCA